UUCGAACAUACAAACUAUCAUCGAUCCGUUGUGGGUCGGGUGGCGCGAGUUGAUUUUUUUUUGUCGCUCUCGUUUUUUUUUAUUCGUUCGUUGGUUGUUGUUGUCGCCGUGCGUGAUCGAUUUCACCUAGUUUCGAGAAGUUUGCUCGCUGCCGUAAAAAAACUACUUUCCAGUAUGAAGCGAAUUUGAUUCAAUAUUACACAGCAGAAGAUGAAUUGACGUAAUCCAUUCGUCUCGCGUGACGAUUCUCAGAGUAACAAAUAAAAAAAUAUCAUCCCAACAAUUUCAACUUAUAAACUAAGAACCAUCCCACCAUCAGCAUCAAACAUUGGUUUCCUAUCGUUCCUUGAAAUAACCGUGCGCCAUUUGUAUGGAUAAGCACAGCAGGUCCAAACCGACACUCGAGGACUACAUCAUCGACAUGGAGACGCGGCCGCCCGACAGUGGUCAAAUCUCCGACAAGGAUGUUUGGGCUCAGCUGCACCAGAAGGAAGCCGACCUGCUGCUGGCGGCCGAACUCGGCAAGGCACUGCUCGAGAAAAACGAGGAACUGAAGAAGCAGCAGGAAAAGCUGAUCGAUGAGUACUCGAUCAAGCUGGAGAAACUGGAACAAGAGAAGUACAUCCUUAAGCGGCAACUGGAAAUAACGUCGAGUGAGAAUGAUGCCGUCAUUCUGGAGCUACAGUCCGAUAUUAAGCAAUUCAAGCAAAAGUUGGACGCCCAAGAGCAGAUCAUGCGGCAGAUGGAGCGGGAGAAAAAUACCCUCAUUGAAGAGCUGACUGCCCAAAAUACCCGCCUAUCGAAUGAACUGAAAAAAUCCAAUGCCACCGAGCUGCAGCUUUCGGCGCAGUUACAGGAAAUCAAAGAGCAGUGCAAUCGACGGACGCUGAGCAUACAGGAUCAUGUGAACAGCUUAGAGAGUUUGAAAAAUGAGCUUCGUUUGAUUCUCGAGAAAAAGAAUGAACUGGAAAAUCGAUUGCACAUGUCAUCGAAUGAAAAGGAGAACCUAACGAUGGCGUUAAAUGAAGCCUCCGAGCGAAUACACAUCUUGGAAAGAAGUACCAAGGAGCAGGAUACCAAGUACCAAAUGACGGUUCAAACAUUAGAUCGGUUAGAACGCGAGAAUGGGACUCUGAGUGAACGGCUGGAAUCGUUCGAUUCUCAGCGCUCGAACCCCAGCGAUCCGAAUCAUUCCUCGUUGCUGCAGGAAAUGAUCGGUGAGGACGAAACGAUGAUGGUGGGCAGUGCACCGAACAAGGAUGAGGCAACCAUGCUUCUGUUCAAGGAGGCACAUUCGGUGUACAAGCAGCUCAAAACACUGUGUCAGACCCUUCGUAGCACCUACCACGACGAUGACUCCGGUUUGCACUCGGAUAUGUCGUUUUCGUCUCUGGACAAUACCUCGUCGUCAGCACCACAAUCGGUUGAUGCCGGGCUUGGAAAUUCGACUGGUCCUUCGCCGAACCAGAGUGGAACGAUGGGCCUGCGCGGUGCGGACAAAUUCACCCGCGGAAUGCUUUCUUCGGCGGCAGAUGAGCUGGUUCAUAUUAUCAUGAACAUGGAUGCCAUGCAGUUCAAAACGAUGUUCGAGCAAACUCGCAGCAUGCUAAUCGAACAGGAGGAUGAGCUGAAAAAGAAGAAUGAUUUUAUCAUGCAGCUGGAGAGUAAGCUUUCCGUGCAGGAGAUCGAACUGCAAAGUGCAAUUGACGAACGCAACCAGGCUCGGGAUGACGCGUCUCAUUCGAGCCUUGCCCAAGAUGAGACGGUGAUUCAGGCACGCAAGGAUCGAGAUGCGGCCGUCGAAAGGAGAACAAAAGCAGAAGUCGAACUAGCCAAGAACAGAGUCGAACUGAUGCAGGCCAAUAGCCAACUGCUGGAAGCGAUCCAGCAGAAGGUCGAACUGCUGCAGCAGCUCGAACAGUGGCAGAUCGACAUGCACGAACUAAUUGAGGAGCAAAUGAAAAAUAAGCUAAAUAAUGAAACUAGUACAAAACCGCAAACGCCUCAGCGAACGUCAUCGCAGCAGGCUGGUUCCUCUUCUGCAGGUUCGUCGGCCAACAAUCGCAAGAGUCGGCUACUAGAUCUGUUCUAUCACCGAUGAAGUAUGAACGGGAAUCUGCUAGAAUUAGAACAGCCCAACACUUGCUGGAUAGCCCAACCUUGAUCAGUCACCGGCUACUAGAUUGGAAUCGUGCAUCAUUUGCCGUACCAACAGGACGAUUCGCAUUGCAUUUAUGUUCGACACUUCUAACCUUUUGUAACUGUUUUGAAUCGUUCAAGGUCUGCUACAGUGUAUUGUGAUAAUAAAGCUAAAUGACUAAAGUUUGAAUGGUUAUCAGCUCAGUUUCGGUCGGCUGAAACAUUGGUCGAACCUUGUGACAACAGUAUUUUUUGUAUGAAGAAAAAAAGAAGAAAUAAUCGUCUAUCAAACAAUUUUUAAUGUUUUCCAUAACCAGCACAUACCAAUACACAUAUCCCGAUAUCGUUAAUCAUAUGUCAAUGUUCGUUAUGAGAAUAUUCGAAAUUUCAUUCUGCGGUAAGCUAGAUGAAAAAAAAACUCAAUUACCUAACUUUGUAGUAUAAUUUAUGUAACGGCUUCUUUUACUACUGAUGUAACCAAAAAUUUGUAUUGUGAGACAAACAAGGAAUCCUAAUAUCAAAGCAUACAUAAGUAAUCUAACGAAUAAUUUAAUUUUAGGAAAAAAAAAGCAAUCAAUAAAUCGGCUUAGCAAACUAACCGACGGCGGUUCUUGUUCAUCAACAGGAAAGUUGUUGCAUUACGUUAAUUAUUGGUUUUAACUACGCCCCGGUAGAGCAGUGUUGUGAUAAACCUCCUCGCUCGCUUUGGCUAGGAUUCGUAGAAACGUUGGAUUCGAUAUUUUUAAGUUCAAUUAUUGGUGAAGAACAGAACGAUAACGAAACCCUACUUAACAUGAGUGAUAACGAGAUGCCUUCUAGCCAAUGCCGAAACAAAACUGGAAUUGUUUUUGCACUUUAACAAAAUUGGAAAUGUACAUAUAUAUAAUGCGUAUUGGAUGCUGGCAGCAGCUGAGAUCCAAAUCAUAAUUUUUUUUUGCAAUUUACAUUAUUUAUCCAUAAUGAAUAGUGAAAUGAAACACGUUAAAGUUAAAUGAUGUGAAAUAAUUUAAUCUGGAACUGUUGUAACUGGAAAGCGAGAAAAUGAUAGAAUAAAGUAAUAUGAUGAGAUUAAACAGUAA